ACACACACACACACCUUCAGAAAAAAGCCACUUAAAUUUAAAUACAGUCGUUUUCUUGCCUCAGGGUCUCACGUAUACCGUAUCAUCUCACUCUCUUGUUUCUGCCGAUGCUAUAAUGGCCACUGCUCUUCCAGAGCUGGUUGUAAUUGCACCACCUCCACUCAAGUACACUUAACUCGCUGAACCUACCUACACUUGUCACUCACGUUGAGUGCAAUCUUCUAAGACCACCAGUAAUCAUUACUCUCAGUCCUUCUUCAACACAAUAUCGUCCUUCUGGAAUUCCGUGACAGCGCAUGUCUGUCCUACAGUCAACGUGUAACAAUUUAAACAGAAUGUUCACAGUUUCACUGUCAACGGUGAGGUUAACCCGCGAGACAACGGCAGCCUCAGGCUCUUCAUCAAGAUCAAACUAAUAAGAAAAAGGAAAACAUGCCAACUACAAAGACCAAAACAAGGAAAAAUCGACGUCGCUGGAUACUUAUUUGUGUAGCUCUCAUUGUCUUGUUCAUUGUUGUCUUCAUCCCAGUCUAUAAUUUAACAUCAAGUUCCAAAGUAUUAGCGCCAUCUCAUUUGAACACCAGUUAUUCUGGAACCAAAGUAACAACAUUCCCAUCAAAUUACAGCAUACAGUCAUCAACACCUACGAAUGGAGUUCAACACAGCAAGAAUUUGUACCAAACAACUUCUAUACAUACAAAUACAAUCACACCUAUUGUUUCUGCAUCAACUCCAAACAGUUACCACCCAACAAUUUCUCCAACAAGACAGACUCCUAACAUCUCUCCUGUGAAGACCCUUCCCACAUAUAAUCAUUCAAUGAAUGCCUCUGAAAGAUCGGUUUUCCAUAAAGCAUGUACACUAAACAAACCACAGUUUCAGUGUAUCAAAGAUGGUGUCUGUAUAGAUAUUGAGUACAGAUGUGAUGAAGUUGUACAGUGUGAUGAUUUCAGUGAUGAAAUUAACUGUGAAUGUGAUUUCCAGAAGCAGUUCCGAUGUGGAAAUGGAAUCUGUAUGUCCCACAAACAUUGGUGCAACAAUGUUAGAGAUUGUUCUGAUGGUUCUGAUGAAUUGCCAGGAUGUCAAUGUCUUGGUACCCAGUUCCAUUGUAAACUGUCUGGAGAAUGUAUUCCUGGAGAAUCUUACUGUGAUGGUCAUGCUCUAUGUCAAGAUCUCACUGAUGAACCACACAAUUGUACAUGCAACCCCAAAUGGCACAUAGAAUGUGCCAACCAUAGAUGUCUUCCAAAGUCUUUCAAAUGUGAUGGAAUUAAUCAAUGUGGAGAUUUCAGUGAUGAAGUAAAUUGCACUUGUUUUGGCAGUGAUUACAAAUGUAAGAAUGGGAUGUGUCUUCCUAUAAUGAAGGUCUGUAAUGGUCAACCAGACUGUGCUGAUGGUGAUGACGAAUCAAGUGACUGCACUUGCCGAGAAGGUCAGUUUCGCUGUAACAGUGGACAGUGUGUCCUUUCAACUGAUCGAUGUAAUGGACUACAGAACUGCCUUGACCAAUCAGAUGAAAUGAAUUGCGAUUGCAAAGGGUUCCAAUGCGAUUCAGGACUGUGUCUCUGGGGUCCACAUUAUCGAUGUAAUGAAAUUGUGGAUUGCAAAGAUCUUUCUGAUGAAAUGAAUUGCCAUCAGAAACCCCGUCACCGACGCUGUCGGAAUGGCAUACAAGUCAAGUUAUCUCAAUGGUGCGAUGGUCAAGAUAAUUGUUUUGACAAUAGUGAUGAAGAAAACUGCCAUUGUAUACAUAAUCGGGAGAUUCAGUGUGGGAAUCACAAUCCUUCAAUUUGUAUCCCUAGGACAUGGGAAUGUGAUGGGUUCCCUGACUGCCCAAAUGGCACUGAUGAAAUGUAUUGUGAAAGUGCAGCAUGUCGUGCUGGAGAAUUCCGUUGCCAUACAGGAACUGCCUGUGUCAGUUAUUCUUCUCUUUGUGAUGGAGUAACAGACUGCAAUGAUAAUUCUGAUGAAGAAAAUUGUGUGAAAUUAAUGGACCACUCUAGUGAUUCUUCAAAUACCAGUCAUGUUUGGGUAACUUAUGAGAACAAGGGCAUGUUGAUUUGCUGCACAAAAUGGUCUGGAAAUCUUAGCAAUGACCUCUGCGGUUUGCUAGGUUACAGCAACACAGGAGCACAAAUGACUUGUGAUGUUAGCAAUUCUAAAAAAACGGAUAAGUAUCUACGUUUAAAAAGAUGGACAUCAUCAAUUGAUGAUGUUACACCGAAAUCGUUGCUGGACAACUUCAAAAUUGAUAAUUCCUGUACACCACAUGGAACUCUUAAACUUCUGUGCCCCAAAAAAGUAUGUGGCAAGAGACCAUAUUUUGAUGACAGGGUGCAGUUAGAACCUUAUUUAAUUGGUGCUGAUAUUGCAAAAACAGGAGAAUGGCCCUGGAUGGCUUCACUUCGAAGACUUGGUGAGAUGUCUUGUAGUGCUGCUUUGUUGAAUCAACAAUGGCUUAUUACAGCUGGACAUUGUAUCUCCAAAAAUUUGAAAUUGCCAUUUCAUGUCGAUGUGACUCUUGGUUCCACAAAGCAAGGAAUGGUUAUUCCACUGAACGGAAUCCGUCGACGGGCCAUCAAAGUCAUCACUCACCCGUUGCUAAAAGACGAUGAUGUCCAUACUCUGCAUUAUGACAUAGGGCUUAUUAAAAUGGAAAAACCUAUCCCAUAUACCCCAACCAUUCAACCCAUUUGUCUACCUCCAUCUCCAACGGUAUGGCGCAGAAUUUUAAACCAUCGUAACUCCACAUGUCACCUCGCAGGCUGGGGAGCCAUCACUCAAGGUUCUCAUAUGGCCGUCCGAAAACUUCGAACGCUGAAGAUGCACAUCUGGAGUGAUGCUAUUUGUUCCAAAAUCAAUGAUAUUCAAUCACUGAAUAUCAAUAUGAAUUCUACAUUCUGUGCCGGCUAUCGCUCAAUUUUAAAAUCUGGUUGUAAAGGUGACAGUGGCAGUCCCUUAAGUUGUCAAGACAGAGAUGGAAGAUGGUAUCUGAUUGGAAUUAUGAGCGCUGGAAACCGAGAUUGUCGGCCCACGAGAGGCACACGAACUUUAGUUAACUUUUUCACAAGAGUGGACUCAGUGAUGCAGUGGAUCCAGAAAACAAUUGGAGAAGAAUGGACUUGAUCCCUUA